AUGAGUUGGCGAUCAGAAGGUAUAUGGAUAGAACUUAUAGUGGGGUCGCGAAAAAUAAGUAAUUUCUGUUGGGCUUUUAUACUUUUUUUAGGUUCAUUAGGUUUUUGGGGGGUUGGUUUUUCGAGUUAUCUUGGCAGAAAUUUAAUAUCUUUAUUUCCCUCUCAGCAAAUCCUUUUUUUUCCACAAGGAAUCGUGAUGUCUUUCUAUGGGAUCGCAGGUCUAUUUUUUAGCUCUUAUUUGUGGUGCACAAUUUUUUGGAAUGUAGGUAGUGGUUAUGAUCGAUUCGAUCGAAAAGAAGGAAUAGUGCAGAUUUUUCACUAG